AACGCGACCGGGCUGUCGCACCUCGGGGCAGAGUGGAAGCGACGAUCUUUGGAGUUCAGUUUCCGAACUGUCAUUCUAACGUCUCCCCCGGGAAUCCAACAUGUCUGCGUCCGAAGGGGACAACUCCGCGCCGAAAGCAUCGAGGCCGCAGCUCGCACUGGACCCGAGAGUCCCAGCAGAGAGCAGAAAGACACAGCGUCCUCCUGUCAGCAGCCACGUCAUCCCGGAUGAGCUGCUGCUCGGCCUUCCCUCCGCUGUCAGCAGCAGGAGCCAUCGGCCCGGGAAGGUCUGUGGGUUCAGACGGCCAGAUGCAGUCUGGCAUCACCAGCUCGGACGCGAGAAAUACAAAUUCUUUCUGGAGCAGCCGACGUCCCUGACUGGAGCCGGCAGGGAUAUUUCGUUUCUGUGUGAUGCUACGGUAACCAAGAGGACGACGACCUCCCUACCACCCCUGACUGACAGAAGUGGCGUUGGACACACACAGAACUUGAGUGUCUCAGAAAGUCUGAUCCCGGAAGAAUAUCACAUUGUGAAAAACAAAGGGCUGCGGACCCUUGAGUUCUACGAGGAUGCGUUCACAGUGCAGUUGCGGGACGAUGAACAGAAGCUACGGGUCUUUCCUUCGUUGAGGCCCAGUGGCAGACUGGAAGUGAUCCAGCUGAUGAGGAUGAUGGAUGACAUGCUGGAGAAGGCCGGAGUGGAUCAGCAUUUCGAGGAGCUGACAGAGAUCUCCCAGAUGGAGGCUCUGCUGGAGCUCGUCCAGGUAGAGCAGAACAUCUACAACGUUGUUUUCCAUGAGGUGAUUCGGCAGGUCAGCGUGGGCUGUGCUGAGAGAGGACAGCUUCUUGCCAAACUCCGACAGCGCUACCAGUCCCUGCUGGAGCGAAUCCCCUGCCGACUGAAGGCUCUGCACACUGAGGCAGUGGCACAGCGAGCUGUGGACCGCCGGCUCACCGAGGAGAUCCAUCGCAUCAAGACGUCCAUCCAGAAGCUCAACGUGGAGCUGUCCAGAAUCAGAGACCACGAUGCAUCUGUUUCCCAGCAGGCGGCGCGCGCUCACCGGCAGCUGGCCGGGGCACUCGAGCUGUCUCAAACCAACUCUGAUGUGGUACAGGCUUAUCAUGAAUUUUAUGAGCUGCAGAGGGGGCGCCAUGAGGCUCAGCUGCUCCAGAUGACUGAGGAGAGAGACUCCUUGAGGCAGUUGUCACUGGACUUCGCCCUCAAGGUGAUCAGGGUAAAGAAGCUGAGGCUGAUCAGCCAGCUUCACAUUGUUGCACAGAGCUGGUUCAAUACAGCUGUGCAUUGCAGGCUUUACAUCUCUUCGAAGGACACGGAGGAUCUGACUACCCUCAUGGAUCUUACUGACCAAUGGGAGGAGCAGCUGACUGCUUUUAUGGCCAAUUUCAAGAAGAUUGAGUGUGCUCAGUGUGAACAGAUCAGUGCGGUCCAGCAAGGCAUCACCAAGUGGCUCGCCCUGUGCAGCACACAGAACAACUGUUCUGAAUCAAAACAUGGCAACGCUUCUUUGGAAAAGUGCCAUUCUGAUUUGAAGGACUGGUCAAAUACCCUGGCCCUUCAGUGUGACAGCUGUCAGGGUGAGAAGCUGCUUCUCUGCCACCCGACACUCGGCAAGCUUGACUGUGUGCAGGAAAGAUGUUUGAAUAUGAGCCUUGAGCUGUUCAGAAGACACGCUUCUCCUGAUGGCACACCCCGCAGAGGCCAAGAGGACCUAAGAGAGCUCUAUGUGGUCCUAUCUGAGCUCCUGAAACAGCUGGAAACUCAAGUCACUGGUUAUAGUGGGAUCCACGGACAGAUCAUGUCACUGCUCGGCUUGAUGGAGUCUGAAGUUACCAAGCUUGGUGAAGAGAUGGCUCCACCAGGAAUGAGUACGGUUUCUGACUGGCUGAAGCUGGAGAAGGCACUGCAAAACUGGAAGAGUUUGGCUGAAGUCUUUGAGAACGUGGACACAAAUAAGCCAGACAUAUUCACAGAGACAGAGAAGGCGUUAGAGAAAGUGCAGGAAUUCAUAACCAGCCUGUCCACCUUCACCGAUGGUGAGAACCACAGACUCAGUGACGAGGUCAGUUCUAUUCACAUUGGACAGACCAGCUGGAUGUUAGAUCUGUUGUUCCUCACGAUACCCGAGUGUAGUGAAGACCAAGACCAAGAACAGGAACACCGCCAGGUUACAAACAUCUCACUACAGACGCUGGAUAAAGAUGCCAAGACGCUGACUGAGAAACUAAACCUUAUUUCCACGUACAUCAGCAGCUGUUGCCUACGGAUUCUGGAGGAGCAGACGCUGAACCCAUAUGAAGUCGAGAGUGAAAAUGAGAGGAAUGAGUGCAGAAAGCUGCAGAAGGAGUGCGCUGAUUGGGUGGAGACCAGUAUAAUCCUGCUCACAAGGGCGACGGGUGGUCCUGCAGAGCAGCCUGUCCCACAGGCUGACCCCGCCUCCAGCGUUGAUGUACCGGUCUGUCCAGCAGACAGCAUGGAGACUCUGGUGAACGAAGAGGUUGAAGCUGUGCUGAAAGUAGAGGUCAAAGAUGAGACUAAGGCAGAACCGAAAGAUGGGGAGCUUACGGUUUACGAAGCCCCUGUGUUGAAGCUAAUAAGCUAUGAUGGAAACAUUACACAAAGAAAGCUGGGAGAGAGCCGUGUCCAACUCAAAGGGACUGAGCAGCUGGUUGUGUCUCCAGCAACAGAUGAAGCCCGGGAAGCUUUUAGUGAUCUCACCACAGUAGUAUUUCUGCAACAGGAACUGCAUGAUGCCGAACUGCGUGUCCUGAGUACCGAGCAGCGGGCCUUCGAGGCCGAGGAAGCUCUGCAAGCAGCGUUGCAGAAGAUUCAGGACCUGGAGAGACAACUGCAAGGUCGACCCAGUCUGGAGCCCGAAAGUAAUGAAGAGAGAAAGACGACACCGCCUCUCUCCCUGCGACCAGUAACCACUCCAGCUCCUCAAAAGAAGACCACAACUGAAGGCAAAUCAACAAGUAUCCCCAAAAAGACCAAGAAACGGUGAUCUGUCACUACUUUCAAUCUGUGUAUUAAAUGUUGGGUGAACUGUUUUUAGAAAAAAUUCUAGUUUUUCAUUUUCAUGUAUUUUCUGGGAUGUAACAAGGCUAGUUCAGUCUGCAGGACUAUGGAACCAGUUAAAGAAAACUCUCUAAGGUACAAGGACUCCAUAUUACCAACACAUGUACUGCUUCACAAGGUUACACGUGAAAACACAUGAAAGCUAAAGAACAAAACAGAAAUACAUUGACGAGAUCAGGAUGUUGUCCAAAAUCAUACCAAUUGUAUGAGAAUUCAUAUAUAUAUAUUGAUUUUAUUCUUGUGUAAACAUUACUACACCCAGUUGACCAGUGGAAAUCAGUGCUUAAUCUCAACCACUCAAAUUCCAAAAAACUAAAUAAAACAUUGAUUACCAACUUCUUUAA